UCCAUCUUAUCUCACUCCCAAACCCCCCCACUCAUCUACACUUCUAUCCACACCGUCGAGCUGCGCGCGCGCGCCCUCCGCCAUGGCGUCCAUCACCCUCCUCUCCCUCGCUCCAGCCGCGACCUUCCUCCACCUCCCGGCCUCCACCGCCUCCUCCUCCCGCUUCGCCGCCAUUCCCCGCUCCCUCGCCGGCCGCCGGGCCCUCCUCCUCCGCGCGCGCGCGCCCCGCCGCGUCACCGUCGUGUGCAGCGCCGCCGAGACCUCCGAGGCGGAGCCCGUGGAGAAGUUCCGGCUCGACAACCUGAGCCCGCAGAAGGGGGCGCGGCGGAAGCCGAAGCGGAAGGGGCGCGGUAUCUCGGCGGGGCAGGGCGCCAGCUGCGGGUUCGGCAUGCGCGGGCAGAAGUCGCGCUCCGGGCCCGGCGUCCGCCGAGGGUUCGAGGGCGGGCAAAUGCCGCUCUACCGCCGUCUUCCUAAGCUCCGCGGAAUCGCCGGCGGAAUGCAUAUCGGGUUGCCAAAGUACGUGCCGUUCAAUUUGAGAGACAUAGUGCAGGGUGGGUUCAAGGACGGCGAUGAGAUUUCGUUGGAGUCCUUGAAAUCGAGGGGCUUGAUUAAUCCAUCCGGCAGGGAAAGAAAGCUUCCACUCAAGAUUUUGGGAGAUGGUGAUCUAUCAGUCAAGUUGAACAUCAAGGCUGGGGCAUUCUCUUCUGCGGCCAAGGAGAAACUUGAGGCAGCUGGCUGUACUUUAACAGUGUUGCCCAAGCGGAAGAAAUGGCUACCAGCAGCUUAUGUGAAGAACCAAGCUCGUGCUGAAGAGUACUUCAGCAAGAAAAAAGGCGGCGCUGGUGAAUCUGAUGAAGCUGCCGCAUAGAGUUCAUACAACACUGUACUUCUCUGCCCUUCUCUUUAGCAUAUGUUCAUUGCUCCCAUCUCAUUUCAAAACUACCAUGUAAGAUGGAUUUUGUGUUUAUGUGAUAAGCAAGUAAGUUGUGCCCUUAUUUUCA